UCCAUUCUGAGUUCUCCCUUGGACCAAAUCCUUCAAUCAUCUCUUUGGACAGUCCGAUGGACGGGUCCUCCGUCCUCCGUACGGAUACAUUCGAGGGUGAUAAGAAGGGGCUCCGUUCCACCGUGUUUCGUCCUCAUCUCGUUCCUGUCUCAGCAGCGGAUCACCGCCAGUCCGACUCAGGAAUGGGAGACCCAUCCGUCUCCAUCCUCCCUAUUUUGUUUUUUUAUUUUUUUCUUUCCCUUUUUAAAAACUUCCCCAAAUGUAUUUAUCUUCCGUAUCCCCGUAGACCCUAGACUCUAGAGUAGUCCAUCCAAGACCUGCAGUUGACCACUGCACGAUCCUCCAUAGCUCGAGCUUGAGCUGGAGAGCUCGAGAGCUCUCUGUUUGUUGGGCGACAGCUAGAUAGCCAUUACGCAACCGACGAACGCCCGAAG